UUUGGUUUAGCGGCCGAAUCUCAUGCUGUGAAUCUCACAUCGUUUUAUAUUAAAUACAAUAAAUAAGUGUAAUAAGUGAUGAAUGUACGAGGUUCCGAAUGUAAGCAAAUUAAGUCACAAAUAAGCUUUAAAUAGGUUUUUAAACGUGAUAUUAUACUAUGCGAAAUUACAUAUUUAUGUUUAUGUUAAAAAUCAAUAAAUUAGAAGAAAAUUAGUGGCGUCGAAUGAAUCACCUGAAUUAUUAAUAUGGCGCUGCUCUCGAAACGGUGGUACCGUUCGCGGCGCAACGCCGUCGUCGCGAUGGUCAUCGCUGGCCUGUGCGCACUGUACUACAUAUACUCGCCAUCUGUCAUCACUGAGCAAAACCUGGACAUAACUAGGAGAGCCGCCAUAAUAGAAUAUAUAGAGAACAAGUUAGAGGAAGCCUUGAAACUGGAUAAGGGCAUGGGGUGCGAGAUACCAAAGCUGGAUCCUUUUUCUCGAGAGGUCACACAGUUCGACAAGGAAUUACCGAAGAUCAAGUGCCGAGGGCAGGAUUGGGUCAAAUGCUAUCACUCAAAAUGCCGAGUGAUAGACGCUGUAAAAGACCACCAUAAAGACAUAAAGUGUACAUACAGAGACAUCUUGUAUCAUACUGAUGUGAAAUAUACCAUCGGCCCCCCUACUCUAGUGGGGGGAGAUGAGGUGUAUGAGUUGAAGGAGAGUGACCAUGUUAAAGUCUCUUGUGUUGGGAGGAGGAGAGAUGAUAACAAUGAAGCGGAUUGGUCUGGCAACACUCUUGGCUUCCGCCCCGUCCCGCCGCUCCCCUCCCCCCCGGGGCGAGAGGAUUCCUUCAACGUGGUCAUAUUCGGCUUCGACACGACGGCCAGAAAUGGCUUCAUCAGACGGAUGAAGAAGAGUUGGCAGUUGUUGAAGGAUCUGGGAUAUACUGUUAUGGAGGGAUACAACGUCUUGGGAGACGGGACGCCGGCGGCCCUGUUCCCGAUCCUCACGGGAAAGAACGAGCUAGAGCUACCAGACGUUAGAAAGAGCAAGCACAACAACGGCAGCCUGGACUCCUUCCCUUUCAUAUUCUACAAGUUGAAGCAGGACGGGUAUCGAACAGCCUACUUCGAGGACAUGCCUAACAUCGGCACCUUCCAAUACCGUUUCAACGGGUUUCUCCGCCAGCCGGCCGACCACUACCUCCGGUCCUUCUACUUAGAAGACUUGACUACCAGGCCCUCCCCCUCCCGUUGGUGGAAGGCGAAGAAGUCCUACUACUGUCUGGGCGACACGCCGCAGUUCAAGGUCAUGAUGAAUAUCACUGAGCAGUUCCUCGAGUUGGGUGGGAAGCGUUUCAUCUUCACAUUCAUAGCGGACAUCACGCACGACGACUUCAAUCUUAUUGAGAACGCCGAUGACGACACCGCUGCGUUGCUGCACAGCCUCAUGUCCGGGGCCGAAGAUACGCUUAUAGUCGUCAUGGGAGACCACGGACCUAGAUACGCCAACGUCCGCGACACCCUGCAAGGCAAGCUGGAGGAGCGCCUCCCCCUGCUGGCGCUCCGCCUCCCCGACCGCCUCGCGCGCGCGCGGCCGCACGCGCAGCGCGCGCUGCACGCCAACGCGCGCGCGCUCACCACGCCGCACGACCUGCACGCCACCUUACUGGACGUGCUGGACAUGACGCAGCAUUGGAACCCGUAUAAAGUGCGGGGGGCGGAUCAUACUAGAGGGUUAACCUUGUUGGAACCGAUCCCUCGCAACCGCUCGUGCAGCGAGGCAGGCAUCGAGCCGCACUGGUGCGCUUGCCUCGCAUGGCAAAACAUCUCCACAGAUGACCCGUUCUACCAGAAGACUGCACAAGCGCUCCUUGACUACAUCAACUCGCUCGUCGCAACUGUCGGGGACCUCUGCGUGCCCCGGACCCUGACCGCCACGUCCUGGGUGCUCCGGCAGCGCGCCAACAGCCGGCUCCUGGCGUUUAAAAACGCACGCGACGCCGACGGUUAUGUCGGACACUUCGACGCCAAAACUAAAGUGGCUAAUGAGAACUAUCAAGUUAAGGUAGCAGUUGGCCCGGGACACGGGAUCUAUGAGGCGUCGAUGACAUAUCUAGUCAACGAAGACAAGUUCAUGAUACACACGAGGGACAUAUCGAGGACCAACGCUUACAGGAGUGAGCCGGACUGCAUCAGCAAAACGCAUCCGCACCUGAACCCCUACUGCUACUGCCGCUGACACCCGCCUAUAGGGCGGGAGAUACUUUAAUCCCAGUUUCGGAACAUUUGGUAACCAGUUACGAAUUAGGAACUAAUCCAGUUCGUAACUACUGACAUCGAUGAAUACUAUGAAUAGGAUGAAAGAUAAUUUAGUCCCAGUUCCGUAACCUUUGGUAACUACAGUAGAAUCCGCAUAUAAUGACAUCGAAGGGAAGUGACAAAGACGUCACACUAAGCGGAUGUCAUAUAAAGCAUAGUUGAUUAACUUCUUAUUUUUGAUAUUUUUUCCAAAUUUAUCUCAAAUUCCUUUGUGAGAGAUGAGUUUUAU